AUGCAGCCUGCCUGGCUUCAUGUCUGGAGACGCAGGGUACGGGAUGGUGUUGGACUGGUUGUGUUCCUUCCUGGAGGCUCUGGGAAAGAAGCCCUACUAGACUCGUCGACAUCUUUAGCUGAAUUCAAGUCGCUGCAGCUGGAGGACCGAGGCCCCCAUGCUCUAGCAGGCUGGCAACUGCUCUGUGACCUUACUUACACCUGCGACAUCCUGUUUUCCAUAAGUAAUGUCUUCACAGGUCUGCAGGCGCCAUGGGCAGAGCAAGGCACAGUAGCCAGCGCUCAGCGGCGGAGGCGAGAGCGGCCCGGGGAUCCUCCUGCCGCCUGCAGCCAUCGCCUCAUGGGCGCCAACCGCGCGAGGUGCCCACCCUGUCCAAGUCGGGGUCGGGAGCAAAGCGGCGGGCAGGGAACGGGCGGCGGCCAAGCGGCGGCGGGAAAGGCGCGGCGUAAGCGCUGGUGGCGGCGGGUCCGGGAGGCGGGCGCCAAGGAUCUGUUGCUCCCGCCGCCGCCGCCGCGGAACCGGCGGGCGUCCGCGCCCACCCCACCGGCACCCGCCACGUCCCCGGGUGAGCUGGACCUGGGCGCGCAGCGAGAGCGCUGGGAGACGUUCCGCAAGCUGCGGGGCCUCAGCUGCGAGGGUGCCGCCAAGUUCCUGCUGGACACCUUCGAGUACCCGGGCAUGGUGUACCACACCGGGGGCUGCCACUGCGGUGCCAUCCGCUUUGCGGCCUGGGCCCCCGCCGAUCUGCGCGUGGUGGAGUGCAGCUGCAGGCUGUGCAAGAAGAAGCAGCACCGCCACUUCCUCGUCCCGGCCGCGCGCUUCACGCUGCUGCAGGGCGCCGAGAGCAUGGUCACCUACCCGUCCAACACGCACCCGGCGCUGCACAGCUUCUGCAGCAGGUGUGGGGUGCAGAGCUUCCACGCCGCGGAGUCCGAUCCCCGCGUGUACGGCGUCGCCCCGCACUGCCUGGACGCGGGCACGGUGCGCAGCAUGGUCAUCGAGGAGGUCGACGGUGGCGCUUGGGCGCAGGAGGCCACCGAGGAGAACGACGCCAUGCAGAACGCGCCCAGCGAGGCGGCCCCUGCCUGUCCUGGCCAAGAGGAGCAGUGA